UGGUUGAUAUCCCAGCAGAUCCCCCAGUUUGAAGAUGUGAAGUUUGAGGCAGCCAGUCUGCUGUCAGAGCUCUACUGCCAGGAGAACUCGGUGGACACGGCGAAGCCUCUGCUGCGAAAAGCCAUCCAGAUCUCCCAGCAGACUCCCUACUGGCACUGCAGGCUGCUCUUCCAGCUUGCACAACUUCAUACCCUGGAGAAAGACUUAGUGUCUGCAUGUGACCUGCUGGGAGUGGGAGCAGAGUAUGCUCGGGUGGUGGGCUCAGAGUACACCAGGUGACUGUUUAACCCAAACCCACUGAGUUCUCCUUUGCCAUUCCAGCUGCUCCUGAUGGAGAGGAAGCUGCAGGAGGUUCAUCCCCUGCUGACCCUGUGUGGGCAGAUCGUGGAGAACUGGCAGGGAAAUCCCAUCCAGAAGGAAUCUCUGCGUGUGUUUUUCCUGGUGCUGCAGGUCACUCACUACCUGGAUGCAGGACAGGUGAAGAGUGUGAAGCCUUGCCUGAAACAGCUCCAGCAGUGCAUCCAGACCAUCUCCACCCUGCAUGAUGAUGAGAUACUGCCCAGCAACCCUGCUGACCUCUUCCACUGGCUGCCCAAGGAGCACAUGUGUGUGCUGGUCUACCUGGUGACAGUGAUGCAUUCCAUGCAGGCAGGAUACCUGGAGAAGGCCCAGAAGUACACAGACAAGGCACUCAUGCAGCUGGAGAAGCUAAAAAUGCUGGACUGCAGCCCUAUCCUGUCAUCAUUCCAAGUGAUCCUGCUGGAGCACAUCAUCAUGUGUCGGCUCGUCACGGGGCACAAAGCCACAGCCCUGCAGGAGAUCUCCCAAGUGUGCCAGCUGUGCCAGCAGUCUCCCAGGCUGUUCUCCAACCAUGCUGCACAGCUCCACACGCUCCUGGGGCUCUACUGCAUCUCUGUGAACUGCAUGGACAACGCUGAAGCACAAUUCACUACAGCACUGAGGCUCACGACACACCAGGAGCUGUGGGCGUUCAUCGUGACGAACCUGGCCAGCGUCUACAUCCGUGAGGGCAACAGGCACCAGGAGCUUUACAGCUUGUUGGAAAGGAUAAAUCCAGACCAUAACUUUCCUGUGAGCUCUCACUGCCUUCGAGCAGCAGCUUUCUACAUCCGAGGGCUCUUCUCCUUCUUCCAGGGGAGAUACAACGAGGCAAA